CCUCCACUCUUCCCACGUAGACAGAAUGCCGGAAAAAUAAAUGCAGUCUGCAGGCUUCGCGGGACCAGCCCUUAACUCUGUGUCCCAGAACCGAAAACGCCAAGCGGGUCCAUUCACCCCAGGUUCGCUCACGACCCAAGGGAAGGUCUGUCUACCCAGGCCCGCCGCAGCGCGGGAUUUCCGCGAUCGGGCACCGGCGCCGGCGGGACCACGGAAAAGGGCUCCGGGAAAGGAGGAGAGCGAGCGAGAAAUGGCUGGAAAUCUUUUGAAGACAUCAUCUUUGACUGUAAGGAAAAAAUUACUGCAUCAGAUGGGAGUAUCACUUUAUAAUACAUCUCAUGGGUUCCAUGAGGAAGAAUUAAAAAAAAAACUUCAGCAGUUUCCUGGUGGAUCCGUUGACCUUCAGAAGGAAGACAGUGGCAUUGGCAUUCUUACUCUGAAUAAUCCAAGUAAAAUGAAUGCCUUCUCAGGUGUUAUGAUGCUACAACUUCUGGAAAGAGUGAUUGAAUUGGAAAAUUGGACAGAGGGGAAAGGUCUCAUUGUCCGUGGGGCAGGAAAUACUUUCUCCUCAGGAUCUGAUUUGAAAGCUGUGAAAGCAUUAGCAACUCCAGAGGAUGGACUGGUCUUAUGUAUGUUCAUGCAGAACACCUUAACAAGAUUGAUGAGACUCCCUUUAAUAAGUGUUGCGCUGAUUCAAGGUCGGGCAUUGGGUGGAGGAGCAGAAGUUACUACAGCAUGUGAUUUCAGAUUAAUGACUGCAGAGAGUGAGAUCAGAUUUGUCCACAAAGACAUGGGUAUAAUACCAAGCUGGGGCGGUGCUACCCGACUAAGUAAAAUCAUUGGCAGUAGGCAGGCUCUCAAAGUGUUAAGCGGGGCUCUCAAAUUGGAUUCAAAAAAAGCUCUAGACAUAGGAAUGGCUGAAGAGAUCUUGCAGUUUACAGACGAAACUGAAUGUCUAAGGGAGGCACGAGAAUGGCUAACGCAGUUUACCAGAGGGCCACCGGAAGUAAUUAGAGCUUUGAAAACGUGUGUUUCUUCAGGCAAAGAGCUUUGUUUCGAGGAGGCAUUACAGAUUGAAAAAGACCUAGUAGGAAGAGUUUGGGGUGGACCUGCAAAUAAAGAGGCUAUUGCCAGGAAAGGUAAAUUUAAUAAAUAGUUUUUAAAAAUAUGAUGUACUAUAAAGGAAAACCCCAGUGAUUAACAUUUACAGAAGCUAAAUACCAUAAUUACUUUGAAGGCUACACUAGUAUUUGAUUUGUUUUUAAUCAUUUUUUUGAAUAGGUGAAGUUAUUGACCUAGUUUCCAGUAUAUUUAGGUAAUUAUCAAGUAAUCUGAAAUAUUCAGCUAAAAUAUCCCACACAUGGCUUAAAAGUUGUCAUCAAUUCCCACACUAGUUCUUACCCUACAACCCAACCAAAGACCAGUUUUUUAAAAGGAAAAAACCUUUCCACAAAACCUACUCCUGGAUUAUUUUUUUUGAUAUAGUAUUGGUUCUGUCUUACCUGGAAAUAAUUUACAAAGAUAACUUAAUGAAAAUUGCGCUAAAGAACAAAAGUGGAGAGAGGUCAGGGACAAGAUAAAAAAAGGUAUGAUCAAUCAUUUUCUUCUGCUCUAAGCAGCUAGGAGGUAAAGAAUUGGGGAGGGGGCACCUGGCUGGAUCAGUUGGUGGAGCAUGUGACUCUUGAUAUUGGGGUUGUGAGUUCAAGCCUCACACUGGGUAUAGAGAUGACUUAAAAAUUAAAGAAUAAAUUAAAUAAUUUAAAAAAAGAA